UAACAAACCUAAUUAAACUCGUCGGGUAUAUAAGAAAGACCUUCUUCCAACAAUCUGAUUCAUCCUUUCGUCUCUCUCAGAAACCCUAAAUCGCUCUUACGUCUCUCUCUCUCACUCUUUCAAGAUGCAAAUUUUCGUGAAAACACUCACCGGCAAGACCAUCACCCUCGAGGUCGAGAGCUCUGACACGAUCGACAACGUCAAGGCCAAGAUCCAGGACAAGGAAGGCAUCCCUCCCGACCAGCAGAGGCUCAUCUUCGCCGGUAAGCAGCUAGAGGAUGGACGCACUCUUGCCGAUUACAACAUCCAGAAAGAGUCAACUCUCCAUCUGGUUCUCAGGUUGAGAGGUGGUAUGCAGAUCUUUGUCAAGACUUUGACAGGCAAGACCAUCACUCUGGAGGUUGAGAGCUCAGACACGAUCGAUAACGUCAAAGCAAAGAUCCAGGACAAGGAAGGCAUUCCUCCGGACCAGCAGAGACUCAUCUUCGCCGGGAAACAGCUAGAGGAUGGUCGCACGCUUGCGGACUACAACAUCCAGAAAGAGUCUACGUUGCAUCUUGUCCUUCGUCUCCGUGGUGGUAUGCAGAUUUUCGUCAAGACUUUGACAGGCAAGACCAUCACUUUGGAGGUCGAGAGCUCUGACACGAUCGACAACGUCAAAGCGAAGAUUCAGGACAAGGAAGGGAUCCCUCCGGACCAGCAGAGGCUCAUCUUCGCUGGGAAACAGCUUGAGGAUGGUCGGACUUUGGCUGAUUACAACAUCCAAAAGGAGUCGACUCUUCACUUGGUUCUUCGUCUUCGUGGUGGAAGCUUCUGAGCUAUGCGGUCAAAAGUGUUGUUGUUUGAGCUUCGUUAAUGCACUUGGGGGGUGAUCUCUGUUUGCUUCUGCGAAAAUGGAUCGUCUGAACUGUUUUUCUUUUUCUGUUUUCUUGUCGCUUUGAACCUUUUCGGUUGUGCUAGUAAUGACCCUUUUAUGUUUCAAGUUUAAAUAAUAAUCCAAGUGCAUUGUGAACCCAAAAA